GUAAGGGACCAGUAUACAACAAACUUCCUUUUCCGCUGAACCACCAAAAUGUCGUUGGUGAUACCAGAGAAGUUCCAGCACAUUCUUCGUGUUUUAAACACAAAUAUUGAUGGAAGACGUAACAUUAUGUUUGCUCUCACGGCUAUCAAGGGUGUUGGUCGCCGUUAUGCCAACCUUGUUUGCAAGAAGGCAGAUGUAGAUCUAUCCAAGAGAGCUGGUGAACUUACUGAAGAGGAGAUUGAGAGGGUUAUGACAAUUCUCCAGAAUCCUCGUCAGUACAAGAUACCAGACUGGUUCCUCAACAGACAGAAAGAUGUAAAGGAUGGUAAAUUUUCACAGGUAAUGUCAAAUGGCCUUGACAACAAACUUCGUGAAGAUUUGGAGAGACUGAAGAAAAUUAGAACACACAGAGGUCUUAGACAUUACUGGGGUCUCCGUGUAAGAGGUCAGCAUACUAAAACAACUGGUCAUACUGGUAAAACUGUCGGUGUGUCAAAGAAGAAGUAAACUGUACAUACAUUCUGUCAAUAAAAAAAGCAAAGAACUUCA